GUAUUAAUAAAUUAUGAAGCCAACAUAUGUUUAUAUAAUUUUACUAUUAAUGAUAAUAAACAUCAAUUGUUAUCGAUUGAAAAUAAGCUGUAAAACUGACAAAAUGAAAGACGGACGUACUGGUGAUGAUCACUGUAGUCCUGAUAUCACUCAAUACUCCAUAGGAUGUGAUGAUUCAACCGAUAUUUUAAAAUGUAAAUGUGAUUCUCCCUAUACAUGGAAUUAUGAUAAAGAAAUUUGUGAUUACAAAAUAAGCUGCAAAAAUGAUUUAAUGAAAGACGGCAAAACAGGUGACGAACACUGUAAGCCUGAAUAUACUAAAUAUUCCAUAGGAUGUGAUGAUUCAACCGGUCUAUUGAAAUGCAAAUGUGAUUCUCCCUAUACAUGGGAUUACGAUAAAGAAAUUUGCGCUUACAAAAUAAGUUGUAAAAUUAACAAAAUGAAAGACGGCAAAACAGGUGACGAACACUGUAAGCCUGAAAACACCAAAUAUUCCAUAGGAUGUGAUGAUUCAACCGGUGUUUUAAAAUGCAAAUGUGAUUCACCCUAUAGUUGGGAUUACGAUCAAGAAAUUUGUAAAUAUUUGGACAAUAAAUGUGAUACAACAUUAAUGAAAGAUGGAAAAACAGGUUCAGAUCAUUGUAAAGAUACGGUUACACCACAUUCAACGGGUUGUGAUGACACGGGAGGUAUAGUUAAGUGUAUAUGUGAUUCAACCACACAAUGGGAUAGUUAUAGUCAAACUUGUAAAGAUACACUAAAACAAUGCGAUACACAGAAAAUGAAAGAUGGUAAAACAGGUACAGAUCAUUGUAAAGAUAGUGUUACACCACAUUCAGUGGGUUGUGAUGACACGGGAGGUAUAGUUAAAUGUAUAUGUGAUUCAACUACAGAAUGGGACGUUUCAACUGAAACUUGUAUAGCUAAGUCGAUAGAAAAGUGCGAUACAAAAAUUAUGAAAGAUAAGAAAACAGGUACAGAACAUUGUAAAGAUGCGGUUACACCACAUUCAAAGGGUUGUGAUGAUACGGGAGGUGUUGUUAAAUGUAAAUGUGAUGAAACCACACAAUGGGACACUGAUUCAGAAAGAUGUAAAGCUAACACUUGUGAAAAUACAAAAUUAAGGUAA